CAUUAAUCAAAUAUCAAGAAAAAAAAAUAAAAGCAAAGCAAGCAAGCAAAGGUUUAAAUGAAGAUAUUAAUUAGAUAUUUUUUCAAUUUCUAACACCAUGGGGACAGAAGUAGCGGUAUCAUUUAGUACUCUACGCGCUCAAUUAGAAAGUGAGAAGAGUAGUUUGUUUAAAAUAGACGAAAAUAUAAAGAAAAUACAAGUUAGCGGACGGUUCCCAAAUGAUAGGUUUAAUAACUCCUCGGGCGACUAUGUGAGAGGUGGUAAUCGAUUAGGCCUCCGAAAUUCAUUUGAAACUGGUAAUACUUUUAAAAACGAUGAACAGUACAAUAAGCGGAAACAUGAAACUAAAACGGUGUUUAGCAGAUUGUCGGCUCGUUCGCAAGACAGUGACGGCGAGGAUGAUGGCCCUGGAGGUAAGAGAGCUCGUAUGCCUUCAGCGGUGUCCCGGGAACUGCCUACAAGAGCUGCAGUGCUCCGGGCCCAAGGAGAUGACGAGCAAGCGAGAACUCGUAAUAGGCGCAUCUUUGGAUCAUUACUCGGGACAUUACAAAAGUUUAAGCAAGAAGAAAUUGUAUUACAAACUAAGGAAGAAAAAAAGGCACAAGUGGAACGUAAAAUAGAAGAGCAGGCUAGACAAGAAAAGGAAAGGGAACAGAGAGAGAGGAAAACAUUAUACGCAGAGAGAGAACACAAGAAAGCAACAAUUAAAGCCCUAGAGGCAAAGAUGGCACGUGUCGAAGAGUUCGAAAAGUGGGAGGCUUCUCAAAAGGACCUCGGGAACUUUAUUCUUACGAAAGCAAAGCCUCAUAUAUACUGGUUGCCCAAGAAAAUGACAGAGAAGGCUACUGAGAAACUCUUGUCAAGCAGAAAGUUCCAUGAAAAAUGCAUGGCGAAGAAGCGUCAGGAGUUACAGGAGGAGCUGCAGCGGAUAGAGCAGCGCUGCCUGCGCGUGCGCCUCGUCGGCGCCGGCGGCCGCGGCGCGCCCGAGGAAGGUGAGAAGAGUAAACGUAACAAGUUCGCUGCGGACGCCGAUGAGAAGGAAGAGAGUGACGCUGACGACCGUCACGACGAGGCGAACGACGAUGGAGCCAAGCCUGUGGAAGAAACAGAAUCAGAGGAAAGCAAAAUGGACACCAUGGAUCAGAACAUGAGCAUUGAGCCCAACACGAGCAUUGAGCCCAACACGAGCAUUGAGCCCAACACGAGCAUUGAGCCCAACACGAGCAUUGAGCCCAACACGAGCAUUGAGCCCAACAUAAGCAUUGAGCCCAACACGAGCAUUGAGCCCAACACAGAUACAGAUAUGCAAGAGGUCACACAGACAGACACACAGGUAGUCGAAGAUAAUGAGAAAUCUGAAAUGCUGAACUCAGAGCAUUCCUAACAACUCUGAUGGGUUAGUUAAUAUUUUUUGUUGUUGAAGAAUGAACUAACAAUAAACAAAUGAAACAAUAAACAAUUUAUAUGUUUGUUAUACAUGGUUUUAUCCACACUAGUCUAUUUCAUCUGUAAAGAGAUGUAAAAUGAAAAGUUUGUGAUGACAUUUUCAAGAUAAAAAUUCUUUCUUUUUUCUAUUCUUUUAAGAUAAAAAUUCGAACGGAUUUUGGGUCCACGGGGAGAAAGAGUCAGUUUCAAUCUUCAAUUUCUAUGGUAGAUGGGCCGCGAGGCGCAUCUAGCAAAUUAAAUAUUAUCCAGAAGUUAGAAAAAUAGAUUAUCAAUUAGUUCGGUUUGCAAUAGGCUGUUCUAGUUAGCCAAAUCAGGUAAUUUUUAUCUUGUGUUUUGGCGAACGACGGAGCCAUAACACAAGAAAUAAAAAAGAACGAAAACUAAUAUAAAAAUACUGUAUUUUUGUCUAGAGAAAAGAUAUAAAGCCCAAACCAUGGAUUUAGUAAGUAUGGAGUGCCUACUAUUCCAUGGUCGAAACUAAUUGACACUUCAAACUUCUUUAAUGUCAGUCACUACACUGAGAUAAGGUACUAAAUUGAUUAAAUAUGAUUGUGAUAGAGUUCAUUCUUCAAUGAUUUUAGAUAAUCAUUCUUUCCUUUCUCAAGUCUUAUCCAAAACACAGGAUAACUCGAGCUUUUUUAUGCCUAAUUUAUCUCCCACUUCUAGGCAAGUUUUAUAAAACAAUAGUCUUUAACUAAACACACAGAAAUAUGGCUAGAAUGUCGAGCAACCUAAACGAGGGCUCCAUGCCAGGGCUACAAAAAGUUUAACAUAUUUUAACUGAAGUCAAUAUAACAGCUCCAGUAACAAACCAUAAGUUUGUGUGAUGAAAUUGUAUAUUGAAUUUGAUUGUGUGAAUUUUACUUUAGGAAAUACAAUAAAUUGUAUACAAAACA